UAAAUUUCCAACAAUCCGAUGAAAAAGACUAUAAAACCCGUUUCAUUGCUAAGCAUCGAUUAUCAUUUGAGGUUGAAAUUUCGGAUUCUCCGGUGCUUCCCUGCAGAGCGAUGCAAUCGGUUUUCGGAGUAUUCAUUAUUGUGAUAAUACUGCAUAUUAUUUCAGCCCAUCGUCAGCGGACUUACGAUGCGCUCGAGAAACUUAAAGAGGCUCAGAAUGAAUUCAACGAUUUCCGUGAAUACGUGAACUUCGAAGUAACGAAUGCUAAACACAACUCGACGGAGACUUUGGUUAGAUUCUACUCAACUGUCCUGCAAUUCAAAGAACUUUAUCUUCAGCACGCUAUUUGGAAAGAGGAAGAGACACUGUACCAGAUCCAGAGCCAAACGCUAUAUCCGUCCACCAAUCUUGAUUACACGUGCCUUGACUUUACCCGCGUUCUUGUUGAGGACAAUAUGAACGUGGCAGGUGUCCAGUUCACUCAUUGUAUUCUGGAUGUUGACGAGCAGAUUAAAGCCGAAUUGACUCGUGUUCUUGGCGAGAUGAGACAUGACAGCGAAGUGGCCAUGAUGAAUGCUUUAGGCUCGUUGAACCAGACAAACAUAAUCGCUAACCCCGACCAAGUUAUCGAAAAUAUACAGAGCCAGCUGAAUGCUUUGAAGAGACUCCCGAACGAGAUAACAUCUGAACUUACCGUUACCAUUCAGGAUUUUGGCGCAAAUCUGGGCAUUAUCGGUAACGCCUACCGCGCGUGCCUAGUUCAAAAUGAUAACAUUCUAAAAGCAUCCUUUGAUAACAUCCAUACCCAAUUGGUUCGUGUUUGCCGGGGAAGACUUAUUCAGGCUCAAUAAAUCAAUAU